GGCCAACCGACGGGCUUGGCAGCUCCCCCCAUCCAUCCAUCCAUUCAUCCUUCCUUCCUUCCUUCCCUCCCCCGCCCUCUUCCUCGCCUUCCCCGCUGGAGCGAUGCCCGCUUGCUCGCUGCCUGCCCAGCCGCAGUGAGCAGUCUGGCUAGCUCGGGAGCCGCCUUUGUCUCUCGCCGCCUGCCUCGCAAGCGCUCGCUCUCUCGCCGCCGCCGCCACUAUGAAGGUCUGGGGACAUAAGAUAGAAUUGCUGACAGGACUUUUGCUGCAGGAAGUGACCAUGGCCGGCCUGCAUGAGCAGCGAUUUACAGAAGAGAAGCCACUGCUUCGGGGGCAGGACACUGAGCUGGAGAAUUCAGAUACUUUCCUCUCUGCAGUGAACACAGACUGGAAGGAGCACGAUAUUGAGACUCCAUAUGGGCUGCUGCAUGUCGUCAUUCGGGGGUCCCCGAAGGGAAAUCGCCCGGCUCUCCUGACGUACCAUGAUGUGGGACUCAAUCACAAGCUUUGCUUCAACACUUUCUUCAACUUUGAGGAUAUGCAAGAGAUCACCAAGCAUUUUGUGGUCUGCCAUGUGGAUGCUCCUGGGCAGCAGGCGGGGGCCUCACAGUUCCCUCAGGGGUACCAGUAUCCUUCCAUGGACCAGUUAGCUGCCAUGCUGCCCAGUGUCGUCCAGCACUUUGGGUUCAAGUAUGUGAUCGGGAUUGGUGUGGGAGCAGGUGCCUAUGUCCUUGCCAAGUUUGCUCUGAUAUUCCCAGAUCUGGUUGAAGGCCUUGUUCUGGUCAAUGUGGACCCCAAUGGCAAAGGUUGGAUUGACUGGGCAGCCACCAAGCUCUCUGGCCUGACCAGCACAUUGCCUGACACAGUUCUGACUCACCUGUUCAGCCAGGAAGAGCUGGUGGGGAACACAGAGCUGGUGCAAAGCUAUCGGCAGCAGAUCAGCAGCAUGGUGAACCAGUACAACCUCCAGCUCUUCUGGAACAUGUACAACAGUCGUAGGGACCUGGACAUUAACCGACCUGGGAGCAUCCCGAACGCCAAGACACUCCGCUGCCCAGUGAUGCUGGUGGUGGGCGAUAACGCGCCGGCCGAAGAUGGCGUGGUUGAAUGCAACUCCAAACUGGAUCCAACCACCACCACUUUCCUGAAGAUGGCUGAUUCUGGUGGGCUCCCUCAAGUCACACAGCCUGGAAAACUGACGGAAGCAUUCAAGUACUUCCUUCAAGGGAUGGGCUACAUUGCAUACCUGAAGGACCGAAGGCUGAGUGGAGGAUCAGUGCCCUCUGCCAGUAUGACGCGCCUGGCCCGCUCCCGCACGGCUUCCCUCACCAGCGCCAGCUCUGUGGAGGGUGGGGGCAACCGCCCAAGAGCCUGCACCCACUCGGAGAGCAGCGAGGCCAUGGGGCAGAUCAACCACACCAUGGAGGUGUCCUGCUGAGGGCCUCCACCUUACUCCUCCUCGCCGUCUUCUUCACGGGUGACCUCGAGGGCCCACUCAUCCAGUCACUCUCCAGCUGGCUCCAUCCCCUGCGGCUUCCUGUGGCUUUAAUUUCUUUUGCCGUCUUUCUUUUCCUUUCACAUUAUGGAAUACAAAGUUGGGAGGGGGGCAUAGGGAGAGUGGGAAGCAGCAGCAGCUUGAUGUCAAUGGCCACCUCCACCCAUAGGCCCAGGUGCCGUUUUGAACCAGGGAGAUUCCCUUGGGUUGGUUUCUAGCUGGCUUGGAAGCUGCAGGCAUGUCCCUCUGCACAGCUUGAGGCAAGGCGAGCAGGAGGGAUGUUUUACACCUGCCUAGCCAGGGUGCCUCUCCUUCAGAAA